AUGGAAGAUUUGGACGCAGACAUCAGUUGCGACAGCGAGGGUUCCGCUCCAGGCUCACCAAGCGCUGAUGAGUUCGCCAUGCGAGCUGAUCAAGUGACAACUUGCGCAUGGGAGGGCUGCAGUGUAGGCGAUUUGGCAAACAGCGAUGAGCUCAUUGCUCAUGUCCAGAACGAUCAUAUUGCUCCCAAGCGAGCACGUUAUACCUGCGAAUGGGGAGACUGCGCUCGCAAGGGCACAAACCAUCCCAGUGGCUAUGCUCUUAAGGCUCACAUGCGAAGUCAUACCAAGGAGAAGCCCUUCUUCUGUCACCUUCCCGAAUGCGAUCGUUCAUUCACUAGAUCCGAUGCUCUCGCCAAACACAUGCGCACCGUACACGAACCUGAACCACCACGUGCUGCUGCAACAAAUGCCAACCCUAUCGAUCCUGCCACCGGACAGCCCAAGAAGGGCCCUAAGCUACGCCUCUCGAUGAACGGCAAAGGUCCUGCCAAACCUGCUGUCACAGAUGCACCUGUCCCUGCACCUACACAGGCACCUGACGAUCCAUCACCGCCCAUGGACAACAUCCAGUACAUACCCGCACGCCACCCGAUAACAGGCCAGGCUGGCUUCAUGAUCACAUAUCCUCCCGACAUACACUUUUCACAAUUCGAGAGCGAGAUUCCAGCAAAUCAACUCAUGCGCUUGCUGAGGCGUCAACUUCACUGGGCGCAAACGGAGAGCGAAGAGCUGAAACGAGAAGUGGAAGGGCUUGAAGAACUUCGUCGCAAAGAGUGGGCAGCAAAAGAGGCUCUGCUGGAGGGCGUGCUCCAAGGCGAGCUCGCCUCUUCAAACUUUGACGAGGAGACUCUACAAGACAUGAAAGGUGAGGUGUGGGGACCAGAGUCAAAAGAGCUGGACUGGUCAGGUAGUCCUUGGUGGACAAAAGAGGGUCGCGCCAACAAUGCACGUCUCGAAAGUCCAGGCAUGGAUGUGGAUGAGGCAGUCGAGGAUGCAAACAUUGUCGUCAAUGCACAACAACCGAGUGCUUCACAAGCAGAAAGAGAUGAAGACAUGAUGGCAGUUGGUGCAUUGAUGGGCCUUAGUGGUGCCAGUUAG